AUGAGUAGCGAUCCGCGUAGUGAUUGUAUCAACCAAUCAGAAGAGAGAUACGACAUUGCGUCUAACACACUAUCUAACUAUAUAAACGUGACGUUUACUAACAGACUUCAUCACCAUUCUCAUAAUAACUUCUCAUCUUCUCUAAAGCUUAAAACGGUUUCCACCAAUCAAAAACCAAAGUUCCCGAUGGCGAGUCCAGCGGUUGAUCAAGAGAACAUCCCUCCUCCUAUGGACGGAAUCACCACGACGGAGCCUGUAGCGAAGGGAGGCAAGACGAAGAAAGCUAAGGAAGUGAAGGCGAAGAAGAAGAAGCCUGCUGCUGGCGCUGCGGUUACGAAGAAGAAGAAGUCUGUCUCUACUCAUCCUACUUACGAAGAGAUGAUUAAGGAUGCGAUCGUAUCGUUGAAGGAGAGAACCGGAUCUAGCCAAUACGCGAUUCAGAAGUUCAUCGAGGAGAAGCAUAAAGUGCUUUCUCCAUCCUUCAGGAAGCUUCUGCUUCUCAACCUCAAGAGACUCGUCGCUUCCGAGAAGCUUGUGAAGGUUAAAGCCUCGUUUAAGAUUCCAUCUGCUAAAUCGUCUGCGUCGUCAUCUCCCAAGGCGGUGGCGGAUAAGAAGAAGCCUGUAGCCACCGCUGCGGCGGCGGUUUCGAAGCCGAAGGGGAAGAAGGUUACCACCGGAGGUUCCAAAUCGAAGGUAGCGAAGAAAUCCUCGGCGGUUAAGCCCAAGGCGAAGGGGAAGGCAAGUGUUGCGCCUAAGAGGAAAGCCGUUGCUGCUGCGAAGCCUAAGGCUAAGGCGGCUAAGACAUCGACGGUGACAUCUCCAGGGAAGAAGGCUGCUGCUGGUGCUGCGGCUAAGAAGAAGGCUACGAAGGUGGUGACGAAGAAGAAGACUCCGGUGAAGAAGGUUGUGAAGCCAAAGACGGUGAAGUCUCCAGUGAAGAGGGUUUCGAAGAGAGGGAUGAAGUGAAAAGCUAGGGUCUUUUAGUGAUAUAUGGUAGUAGCUUUCUUUCUCGCUAUUGUAGGUGGGUAGUGUCUGUAUAAUUCGAUCUUUCUUUGUCGUUUGCUAGGUUGUUCUUGUAAUCCAUGGUUACUUGGACUAUCCCUUGGAUCAUAUAUAAUAGCUAAAUCUCUUUUAAUGCCUUUCCAUUUCAUCAUUGCUUCAAGAAGCAAACUCGAAUAUCUUGAAGCUCCUUUGUCUGGUUGGUAGUGGUUCAUGACCUUUUUAUCUUUUGAUGUUGUUUAGAUCUUUCAGCUUUCU